GGAGACAGGGAGGCAGCCCUUUCUUGCAGAGGGAACACUUCACCCCUAGCCCCAUGGUGAGCUGCCCAGCGCUAGGAGACUGCGUGUGGCCUUGCUCCUUCCUCCCUGCGGGUACCAUUGAUCUCCAAGGCAGCCCCGGGUUCCCUCCGUAUGCUAGGGCCAGAGGGAAGGUACCACCACCCCGACUAUGGUGAGCGACGACGCAGAUACCAUCACAGCCACCGAGGCUGACUAUGGAACAGGUACCAGAGCUGCUGCCAUGGUGAGCAAUGACGCAAGUACGGGGGGCGAUGGCGCAGGCACAACACUAACCGCCAUGUCGGGGGGCGAUGCUGCGGGGGCCCCGGCAGCCGCCAUGGCGCGGGGCGAGCAGCGGCGGCUCGAGGCGUAGCAGCGGGAGUGCGUCAGCGGCGAGGGGCGGGGAGGCCGCCGGGGAUGAUAUCAGGCGCCGGGCAGCAGGCUCGGGUGAAGGCGAGUUGCGGCGUGCCGUGAAGGCUCUCAGGGAGUCCGGCUGCCUCCUCCUCUGCCUCCAUUCAUCCUUGUGCCGCCGUCGCGGUAAGCUGGCUCGGCCGGCUCAGAGGAUGUCAUUCCCUGUGGAUAUGUUGAAUGGCUACAGUCAUGAAGACUUGGAGAGCUCAGGAGAAGACUACAUGUCUUACCUUCGGUAUGGGGAUCCAAACAAUCCUGAAUUCUUGUCUCUGCCAGACCACGGCAAAAUUCCUAUUAGGUUGUCAUCUGUGGGCUUCGUACCUCUUUAUGGUGAAGAGCAGACACACAAAGUUCUUGCUUUGUUUGCACCAGGGGACUCGCUCACAGCUGUAGCCCUGUAUCUUGCUGACCAGUGGUGGUCAAUUGAUGACAUUGUGAGAACAUCUGUCCCUACUAGACAAGGGCUUCAUCAGGUGAAGUCUCUUGGAGAGAGGAUUGUUCUCUAUGUUUUGAAUCGAAUUAUCUAUCGGACGCAAGAAAUGGGAAAAAAUGAGAUCCCUUUUCUCUGUCACGGUAGCAAUGCCUAUGCUAAGAUCAUGUGGAAAAAAGGAGAGGCUAUUGGGUUCUAUUCCGUUAAACCAACAGGAAGUGUUUAUAGCUCUUACCGUGGCCUGAAUUAUAACCUGCCAGUGCUAGACACAAUCUUUGUAAGAAAGAAACAUCGUGGGAAAGACUCUGGGCUAAUGAUAUUGGAAGACUUUGUGGAUUCCUUUGCUGAAGAAUCCCUUGGUCUACGAUACCCACUAUCGUCCUUCGCAUACACAGCUUGUAAGCGGUAUCUUGAGAAGUACCCUGGGGAUCACAACCUUUUGUGGGAAGUGGAGGGAGCAGGACAUUGGUUCCAGAGAAAACCCAUUAUAUCUGUGUUGCAGAGGGAAAAGCUCAAAAUUGCAGAGGCCUCACAGAAAGAAAAUAAGAAUGUCCAAGCAGAGGAUAAUUUGCGGCAAUCUGGAGCAGUAUCUGAAGCAAGUGGGCAGAAGACUGAGCUAGAAACACAGCUAAGUGCUGACUCUCAUAAAGGAAAAGGAUCAACAGAUGUCCAUGCAAGCACAUCUGAAGACCUUCAUGUGACUUUCAUUGCCAUUCGGACACGAAGCAGUCAUUUAAAACGUCCCAGGAUAGGAAAAUGUAGCCAGGAAUCUGAGUCUGGAUCUUCCCAAGGAGAUGUGGAAAAUGCUCUUCAUGUGUCAGAAAGCAGGCUGGAUCUUCCUGCCCAUGCAUCUGAAAUCUCUGAAGACUUACUAGAAAUACCUGAGGAGAGUACUGUUGAGAGUGAUGAGGAAAUGGUUGUUGAAAAUGAGAACCAGUCUGUAUCAGCAGUGGAGCUACAUGUGUCACCCCCUGAGAAACGGAGUGAGAAGGAGGAAACUCCAUUAGAACCUCUUAAUGGUGAGGUAACAGAAGAAACUGGCAAGACCUCACUUAUGGCUGAAGAGGAAAUGGCGAAUGAAGUUCUAAGUGGCGAAUUAAAAUUGCAGUCUGAAAGUCAGGGAGAAGAACCCUUAACGCUGUUUGUUCCGCUAAUCCUUGAGCCUCCAGCAAAACCUUCAGAAGACAUUGUAUCAGAGAAGGUUCUAAAUGCAAAUGUUUCAGAAAUGCUGACUGAAGAAAGUACAUCAGUAGAGGAGGGCACUGAAGAACAGGAAGAACCCGAAAAGACUAUCACUGAAAAUGCAGCUGUCUCGACAUCGAAGGAAGAGCCCGCUGACAACAGCCUGACCAACUCUAUGGUAGCUGAAGCAGCAGAAGAACCUGUUUCUGACAAUGUAUUGUCCAAAACAGCUUCCUCAUUGAAAGAUCAAAAUGAGGAAGCAGGGCACAACUCACAGGAGGCCCCUGCUACCUUGAGUAGGAGGUCUUUGAUAGUGGUUGAACUCGAAGGUGUUUCUUUUCAGCAGCCUUCUGGACAGGAAGGACAGAAGAACCAGUUGGAAGAGCACUCAGAAGAGUUUGAGCAGGUGGAUCAGUACACGCAGACAACAGCAGAGCGGGCUGGCGACAGCAGCUCCGAGGAAGCAGAAAUUGAGGUACCCAUUGUAGAUCGGAGAAACUUGCGAAGAAAGGCUAAAGGCUACAAAGGUCCACCCAAGAAAAAAGGAAAGCCAGCUUAAAAAUGAAAUAUUGUUAGCUUAUCUAUUUAUAAGAAAGUUAUUAUUUUGUGUAAAACACUAGGGUAUAACUAAAGCAUAUGGGAAACAGGACACACAUUUAAAAUUCUGGGUUGGACUUCCUCUUGGGAUUCAUCACCUUUCCUCAAGUUUUCCUGAAUUUUUAACCACUAGAUGUUGAGCUUCAUCAGAGUACAAAAGUAAACAGCCAGUCUCCUCCUUUUAUAAAGGAUACAUGCUGAAUAAAUACAGUUGUGCUGGCAAACGGAACAGUUUGCAUAUUUGAGGUGGCAGUUGUGGAAGAAAAAUGCAGAGUGAAAUCCUGGCCCUAUCAAGGUCCCUUAAAUUCCUAUAGACUUCCAUGAGGCCAGACAUCACUCUAGCAUUUUUUUUAAAUAACUAUGUGUUCUCGACUGUGGAGAGAGGCAGAACAAGAAAAAAAAUCCUUCCUCCCCAUAGAUUUUUCUCAGAUGAGAUUAAAAGAACGUAAGAUUUUGUAAUUCUACGUCUCAGAAUACACAAGAAAGUGUAACUCAAUAGAUCAGAACAACAUAAGCAGCAUCUGUCUUUCAAGAGAAUCACUUGAAACAGCCAAGUCAGUAGAAACAUGGUCAGUGCAGUAUCUACUACCAUAGUGCACUCUGAUAAUGUUCUUUACAUGAAUAUUAAGAGAUGCCUAUGCCGUAAACUAUUUGUAGUUUCCAAAGCGAGCAUCUUGGUAAGUGUGAGUUUUUCCAGAACAUACGGAGCGUAGACUCAGUACGUAUGUGGAAUCAUUUAAACUGCCUUCCUAACUACUUGCAUGUGUUGAGUGGAUACCUGACUACUUGUUACAUUACAGGAAAAGGAUAUGACAACUUUUGAUCUCGUUUUGGUCUGAAUGGAAGUGGUGCUUUGUGUUUUCCAAAUGCUUGGCUAGUGCUGUGGGCUACUAAAAUGUUGUGCCUGCCAGGUUGUGAGUGCUGGCAUUUCAGGUGGUUGUGACAUUCAUUAGUGUGACUAUUAGUGGGUGUUUCAGCAAAUGCUUGUUUGCCAAACUUCUAUGCCUUUAGGACUUAGCAGGUGAUUGCUUGCAAAUACUGCUGAUUCCCACUUUUUCUAACUUGAUGAUAGCUUCCCAGUUCACAGCUUUUCUUAAAAGCAGCAGCCAAACUUUGCUGUAUGCAAACAGAAAUAAAAACAGGCCUUUCAUGCAUGUUUCCCUUCAGAUGUUCUGGCAAACCAUACAUUUAACUUAAUUUGUCACACAUACAAUAACUUACUCCUUAGUUUGCUAUAGGUUUCUUUCAGUAAGUGAAGUUCCUCUUGUAAUGGGUUAAAAACUCAGAAAUAAGACAGAAGGAUGGUUGUAAGAACAGGAAAUCACACCGCUUUUUGUCCUGAUAUAUGCCUUUUUAAAGAUAAGUGAACUAGUAUCCCACAGUGUCUCAAAAUUGCUGGUAUCUAGAAAUUGCUGUUCAGGACUUCUGAGUACAUAGUUCACUUGAAUAAUUGCAAUGCUAUCUUAAUUUUUAUCCCUCUAUGAAGCUAAUGUAAGAAUCUGGUUUUGGAUUGUAUGCUUAUACAGUUUAACUGUAUUUAUAAGAUAUUUUAACUGUAUUAGAUACAUUAAUACUAUUUCUUUCAGCUGAUGAAGUACCAUGCUCCUUUCUAAUCUGUUAAGAGCAGCUUAUGGAAGAAAAAAAAAAGGCAAUUUUAAAGAAAUGUGUAUUACCUAAACUUGAGAUUCAGGGGGCAUGGUAUUACUGAGUUAAAUCUGGGUUUCUUUUAACCAUUACAGGUAGCUGUAACUUCCUAUCAAUGUACAUACAGGUACUCCUUAUGAAGCCCAUGACUGAUAGAUGUUCAAGAACUUUCAUGAUUGUUUGUAAACAUAUUCAAGAGAACCUUAAGCACUUACAAAACUAAUGAAGCAUUUUCUAUAUAGCACAUGAGACAAAACUUCUGUUAUCUUCUGUAUGGCGUCUCUCUUAAUGCUAAGAUUUAUUGUGGUAAAAAAAAAAGUGGCUAGAAAACACAUUUACUACCCUGCUAAGAAUUUGGGAUUUGUGAGGGCUGGUGGCUUAAAAUGUCACUCAUCUGGCUUUUACUUUUCAUGGCUAAGUUGGAAAUUAUUUCGAUUAGUAUCUUUCUUUUAGGACAUUUGCAUUUUGAAUGCAUAAAUAUUACAACAGGAUUAUUAGAUUAAGUCUUGGUUUCUACUGAGAACAAUCAGAUUUCUGAAGUCAUUUCAGUGAGACGGUUUUAAUUACUGAACUUACAUUCACAUCUUCAAGUAUACUUGAGCGGAUAGCUCUCUAAAUCUGAGGUACCCCAGACAGUAGCUGAUGGCCAGACUGUUACUAACAAAACGGGGGCAGUUGAGGUGCAAUUAGCAAUUCUGAUAACCAGUACAGUCUUUAAAACUGGACAUUGUUCUAACUGUGAUUGCAGCAGUACUUUGAACUAAAGGGCACAGUUUAUUUCUAUAACACCUUCUUUGGCAUCAGUCAUCUUGUGGUAAAUACAGAGUAGCAAAGUCAAAAUACUUUAAAUAAAUAAUAGUUUUUAUUGAGGUACCGAUUGGCCCAUUAGAACAGUAGUUUAAUAGUCUGUACCUUCUAUUACAUUAAUGCAAGGGAACAUGUUUGACAAAGGUAUUCACUGAAGUGUUUUACCUUGGGCGGGUUUUAGGAUUGGAUGAUAUUUUUUGAUCUGUUAAGCAUUUGAUGGUAAUUAGACAGACAGUUAAAGAAUUCUUAAGAUCUUACUGCACCAGCAACUGAUGACUAAAACAUCAACUUUAUACAAGUUUGUACCAAAUGCUGUUACAUUGUGGAACUACAUGUGUACAGUGAAAGCAAGCAGUAUUAUUUUUGAGCUCUAUUUAGUCUAGGAAUGGAGUUUAAAGAACACUAAUAUGUGACUUCAGCCUUACAUGUAAUUGGGUUUGUAUUUGAAUCCAACAUUUGUUCAAAUAUCUCUUGUAUUGUUUGUUAAUUUUUAACAGGAUUUGCUUUGCUUCUCCCACAUUCUCUUUUGGUCUGUUUUCAUUUCAUGCAGAAUUCUUGUUUGCUGUUCUCAUGUUUCAUAGCCCUUUACCUGAAAAUGUAUACAUGUCUUAAGUUAAAAGCACUUCUGAAAUAUUUGAGAUGAUGUCUGACCUUGGUUUGUUGCUUUUUAUACCAUUUCAUUUGUAGAUAUUGGUAAUUGAUCAUUUGUCAUCAACACUACUAAGUUAAACAUAGCAACAAAUAGGCCUAAGUUUCAGCUUCUCUGCUUUAAGUGCCCAUUCUGGAAUUUUAUUUCCAAGAGGAUACACUUCUAAAUUUAACAAAUGUGGUGUUAGAUGUUUUCUAAACUAGUGAUACCCUGUUUGUAAAUCUCAAGAAAGAUGUGUUGCUAUUCUAGAGUAUUGUACUUAAGUCUUGUUACAGUAUUAGUUUUUCCUUUUUAUAGUACUGUCUUGGCUGCUUUUGAAAUGUUUUGAAGUAGUAAUUAAACUUAUAUUUUGUGACUAUUUUUUUCCUUUUUUAGUAUUUGAGUCCUUUCUGCUAUACAGAAGGCAUAUUUUGAAGUGGUUCAGUUCACUAGAACUAGCAUCAUUUUACAAUCAGUCUCUACUACUAAGGAGCUUUAAAAGCUCAGAGAUUAUUAAUUGAAAAAUCUUUCAUCGAUUAAAACAAAUUCCUGUACUUAAUUAGCUUAUGCAUCAGACUUUAUAAAAAAACCCACCAAACUGUAGAAUAGGUUGCUCUGAAUGUUACAUGCAUUCUGCUGUUUAUACCAACUAUGCAAGAUGUAAACUUUGUAGCAAACUACCUUAUUAACUGCU